AUGCCUCCCGCAUUUGCUGCAACUCGCCCUGUGAACCCACCUGGGGCUAGCCCAGUCAUAACUGAAGAGCAGUUGUGGAAAGGCCUCGAAUAUAGAGCUCGCAAACCUCAGCAUUUCGCCGUGCCAAUGUUAGCCUCCGCCAAAGUUACUGUCGACGAUGGAAAGAAGUUGACCCGCGAAACCACCUUUCGAUAUGCCUCCCAGGAGGUCAUCGUCGAAACCAUUACUGCUUAUGCUUUCACCAUUAUGUACUUCGAGGCGAAUACUGGCAAACGCACCACAAAUAUGAUCUCGUACGGCCCUUCCGACGAACUCCUUCUUACGUUCAGCUUCACUCAUGGAGUUUAUGGCCUCCCUGAAGCGAACGGAGAAGAGUUGAACGCGAUGGUUGGAAAGGAAAUCGAGGACACAAUUGAUGUCGUCCGGCAGAUGGUCAGGGACGGAAAGCUGUAA